GUUGACUGAAGCAGGAAGCCUCGGCUUAGCUUCAAUGGCAGUCGCUGUUAGCUUUGAUGCUAGCUCUGAUGCUAGCUUUGAGCGUUAGUUAUGAGACGAGCCUUGUAUUUACUCUUGAAUUCGUCAAGAUGAUGCUAUUCUGCAGAUUUAAUCAGAGCUUUGAGUUUGAUGAUGUAAUUUACCAAGACGUGGUCUAGCUAGCGUUAGCCAAGUUACAAGACUGACUCGGAGAUAUUGGGCUAAAGUUACUGAAGUGAAGCUAAAGUGAAAUGUCUUGACAGGAGCAGCAGUGUAGCAUGUUGUUAGCAUGUCGUUAGCAUGUCGAUAGCCAAGUAACGGUGACAUGGGACUGGCUGGAUUAACAUACGAUCUUCGAUCAUCAAGGAGUUGGUAUUGGUGUUAUUACUUGUUUAUGCUGUGAUCCAAAUAAACCUGAGGUGUCUGGUCGUAUAAAACAUCUUUCUCUGGUCCUGGCUGCUCUGUCCAACCGGCCUCAUGCUAGCACCGAGCUAGCUCACUGCAGGGCUGGCUCUUCUCGCAAAUUGCACGGUGCUGAUGGCCUCCCUGCCAGUCAUGGAUGCUGUCACUGACACUUGUCCUGCAAAUCACCAAAACGGGAACGCCCACCGAGAAUGUUCUGACUCUGGCCCGGCCGCUGCAUCCACUGUGUUGAGGGUGCAUUUUUACCACGGCAUCCAGGGAGCAGCUGAGUGCAGCCUCCUCAGUUUCCCACCUGGAGACUAUGUGGCUGAGGAGCUGUGUAUCAGUGCAGCCAAGGCAUGCAGUAUAUCACCUCUGUACUAUAACUUUUUUGGGCUUUUUCGAGAGCAAGACCGGUUAUGGUUUUCACCUAACCACGUCUUUCAUCUAGAGGAAACCGCAUCAGAAGAUUUGUUUUUCAGAUUAAGAUACUACUUCCCUGGGUGGUACAGCAGUGGACCGUCCCGGGCCUAUCGAUAUGGGGUCACCAAGGGCUCAGAAAGCCCUGUGCUCGAUGACACUGUUAUGUCAUACCUCUUUUUUCAGUGGAGGAAUGACUUUGUCAAUGGUUUAAUCCAAAUCCCCAACUCUCACGAGACUCAGGAAGAGUGCCUUGGAAUGGCUGUCCUGGACAUGUCAAGGCUGGCAAAGGAGAAGCAGAUGUCACCACUGGAUAUCUACCACAACACAAGUUACAAGACAUUUUUACCAAAGGAUAUGAGAGCUCAAAUUCAGGACUGCAAUUUUGUAACACGAAAGCGAAUCCGCUUUCGCUUCAAACGCUUCAUUCAACAGUUCAGCCAAUGCCGCACAACAGUGCGCGACCUCAAACUCAAGUACCUCAUCAGUAUGGAGUCUCUGGAGAAGGCAUUCUACACAGAGACUUUCCAAGUCAGGGAAGCCUCCAGCGGGACAUUAAACAUCCUGGUGGCUGCAGACACAGGCAUCCAAUGGGCUCGUGAGAAGGACUCCGUGAAGGAAGUGCAGCUUUUGUGUGAUUUCCCAGAUGUGGUUCACAUAAGUAUCCAACAAGUGAGCUCUGAAAGUUCAACAGAAGGCAGAAUAGUCAUAAUCAACAAGCAAGAUGGAAAGAGUCUGGAAGUGGAGUUCCAGAGUUUGGCAGAAGCGUUGUCCUUUGUGUCUCUUGUUGACGGCUACUAUCGGCUGACCACAGAUGCACAACACUACCUUUGCAAAGAAGUGGCACCUCCAAGGCUUCUAGAGGACAUUUCCUCACAUUGUCAUGGCCCAAUCUCUAUUGAGUAUGCCAUCCAUCGACUUCAAAAAUGUGGAAACAAACAUGGAGUUUUUAUUUUGCGAAGUAGCCCGAAGGAUUUCUACAAGUAUUUUCUGACGUUUCCUGUCAAGAUUUAUGACACUAUAGAAUACAAACACUGUCAAAUAACAAAGUCUGCUAAUGGAGAAUUCAACCUCAGUGGAACCAAAAGACAAUUCUGCAGUUUGCAAGACCUUCUCAAAUGCUACCAAAAAGAAACUAUACGAUCUGAUACUGUGGUUUUCCAGUUCAGCCAAUGCUGUCCACCCAAAUCCAAAGAACUGUCCUGCCUCCUCGUGUGUCGGAGCAACAAGGGUUCAGACGUGCCUCUGUCGUCAUCGUUACUUCGGAGGAACGUCAGUCAAAUGGUGUUUCACAAAAUCCGAAAAGAAGAUUUGGAAUUUAUGGAGAGUCUUGGUCAAGGGACUUUCACCAAAAUUUUCAAAGGCGUUCGAAAGGAGUUGGGAGACUACGGACAUGUUCAUCAAACGGAGGUGGUCAUGAAAGUCCUGGACCACGAUCACAGAAACUACUCAGAGUCUUUCUUUGAAGCAGCCAGCAUGAUGAGCCAGUUGUCCCAUAAACACCUUAUUUUUAACUAUGGAGUGUGUGUUUGUGGAGAAGAGAAUAUCAUGGUGCAGGAGUAUGUGAAGUAUGGCUCCCUGGACACGUACUUGAAAAAGAACAAGAACACAAUUAACAUUCUGUGGAAGUUGGAAGUGGCCAAACAGCUGGCCUGGGCCAUGCACUUUCUGGAAGAAAAGCAUCUUGUUCAUGGAAAUGUCUGUGCAAAAAAUGUUUUGUUGAUCCGUGAAGAGGACCGAAGAGCUGGGAAUCCCCCCUUCAUCAAACUGAGUGACCCCGGCAUCAGUGUUACUGUUUUACCUAAAGAGAUUCUGCUGGAGCGUGUUCCCUGGGUUCCUCCGGAGUGCAUCAAAGACCCUGCCAACCUGAGCCUGGCUGCUGACAAGUGGGGCUUCGGCGCGACUUUGUGGGAGAUCUGCUGCAAUGGAGACAAACCUUUAGCUACACUGGACCACACUAAAAAAAGACAGUUUUAUCAAGAUCUUCACCAACUGCCUGCCCCAAAAUGGACUGAACUGGCAAACCUGAUCAUGAGCUGCAUGGACUACGAGCCGACUUUCAGACCCACGUUUCGUGCAGUUAUCCGUGAUCUUCACAACCUAUUCACACCCGACUACGAGCUGAUUGUGGAAAGUGACAUCCUGCCAAACCGGACAGGGACCUCAGGAUGGGCCACUGGAGGUUUGGACAGUCAAGAGCCCGUGCAGUUUGAGGAGAGACAUCUCAUUUUCUUACAACAGUUGGGCAAGGGAAACUUUGGGAGUGUGGAGAUGUGUCGAUAUGACCCACUACAGGACAACACAGGAGAAGUGGUUGCGGUGAAGAAACUUCAGCACAGCACUGCACAACACAUGCGCGACUUUGAGCGGGAGAUUGAGAUUCUCAAGUCUUUGCAGCAUGAAAAUAUUGUUAAAUACAAAGGAGUCUGUUAUAGUGCAGGGCGACGAAAUCUUCACCUUAUUAUGGAGUAUCUUCCAUUUGGAAGCCUUCGAGACUACCUCAUGAAAAACAGAGAGAGGACUGAUCACAAUAAACUCUUGAUUUAUACUUCUCAGAUCUGCAAGGGCAUGGAGUACUUGUCCAGUAAACGUUAUAUCCACAGAGACUUGGCUACACGCAACAUUCUUGUGGAGAGUGAGCUGAGGGUGAAAAUUGGAGAUUUUGGACUCACCAAAGUUUUGCCUCAGGACAAAGAGUACUAUAUGGUGGAGGAACCUGGGGAAAGUCCAAUAUUUUGGUAUUCACCAGAGUCACUGACUGAUAGUAAAUUCUCUGUUGCGUCUGACGUCUGGAGUUUUGGUGUGGUGCUUUAUGAGCUCUUCACUCGCAGUGACAAGAAUUGCAGUCCUCCUGCAGUUUUCAUGUCGAUGAUGGGACAUGACAAACAGGGACAGUUGAUUGUGUAUCAUCUUAUCCAGCUUCUCAAGUCCGGCAGCAGACUACCUCAACCUGCAGGAUGUCCAGCAGAGAUCUAUGAAAUCAUGGAGGAGUGUUGGGACAACGAUCCUGGUUUGCGCCCGUCUUUCAAUGGGCUGGCCUUACGUGUUGACCUUUUUAGAGACGGUAAAGAGUUUUAAACUGAAGAUCACACACGUGCCCUGUCAGAUGCUCUGGACACGCCCUGUUGAUGGUGAAAAACACAGGCCAAGAAUGGGGACAAGACAAGGACCAGAUCUUUAACUACUGCCAAGGUGCCUUCAAGUAAGGUACUGAACUUAGUCUGGGAGCCAGACCCUCCACCGUGAUUAUUUCGGUACCUUUUUCUUACUAUUUUUCAUUAGUGUAAACCUGGGGCCAUUACGAGUUUGGGGCCUUUUGUCUCAGCCUCGUUCACUCUCCAGACUCCGGUGCUGUAGUCACAUCAUAUGUAAAUAGAAAACUUCCACUUCCAAAAUAUAUUAAUCAGCCACAAACAGUCCAGAGUCUACAACUAAGGGAAGUUUCUAUUUUCUGCUCGUUCUGACUUUGAGUUUGUCCCGUUUUAAACCCUCAAACAUUUAAAAAGAUACAAGGCUCACAUUUCAUUUAGAUAGUAUUUCAUAUAUAAACUUGAAGUGUGCCAACUUUGAAUAAAAUCCAUGAAAGUUAAGUUGAAUUUUCAUCGUGAAAUCUGUAAGUUUGGCCUUAUAUAUGUUCUAUGGCCAAUGACUGAGAAUUUUAUCUGUCAGUUUGGGGGCACUGGACAUUGUUUCUGUUAUAGCAGGUGAUCCUGGAGAUGUAGAGCUCAUCUUGGGUUUAAUUUAAGAAAAUAAAUUGUAAGUUUUCUAUUUACAUAUGAAACAUUUCACACAGAUUUUGUCACAGUCACUUAGUUUGUGGAGAGGAAUGCAAUUUAUUUAUUUUUUUGCUAUAAAUGGUCUAAUGAUUUGAAAUAGAAAAUGCCAUAAUGUUAUAUUAUUGUAUUCCUAAUCAUGUCAGUAUUCUAUGUGACGCUAAAUGUGACUAAAGCACCAUUUUUAACAGACUCAAAUCAUUUCACCCAAGAUGGUUCCCAAAAAAGAUGUGACCGAAUGGGGGUGAGUUGAAACAAAAGGCAAGUGUUUUACAGAAUAAGAAAGACAUUAAAAUCACAAUACAAUGAAUCAGAACAUAGAUAAUCAUCAUAAAAUGUACAUGAAAAUAGAAGAGGCCGAAUAAAACCCUUUCAGUCACAGCAGCUAAACAGAAAUGUUUGAGCCUGGAUUUAAACUUUGUCAAAGUCGAGGCCUGUCUCACAUCUUCAGGAAGACCAGGUUUUAGCUGCACAAAACUGAAACACUGAUUCACCUUGUUUGGUCCUGCUUUAACCCUGCUUUAGUCCUGCUUUAGUCCUGCUUUAGUCCUGCUUUAGUCCUGCUUUAGUCCUGCUUUAGCCCUGCUUUAGCCCUGCUUUAGCCCUGCUUUAGCCCUGCUUUAGCCCUGCUUUGGUCCUGCUUUGGUCCUGCUUUGGCCCUGCUUUGGUCCUGCUUUAGCCCCGCUUUAGUCCCGCUUUGGUCCCGCUUUAGCCCCGCUUUAACCCCGCUUUAGUCCCGCUUUAGUCCCUCUUUAGUCCCGCUUUAGUCCUGCUUUAGCCCUGCUUUAGUCCCGCUUUAGCCCUGCUUUAACCCCGCUUUAGUCCCGCUUUAGUCCCGCUUUAGUCCCGCUUUAGUCCCGCUUUAGUCCCGCUUUAGUCCCGCUUUAGUCCCGCUUUAGUCCCGCUUUAGUCCCGCUUUGGUCCUGCUUUGGUCCCGCUUUAGCCCUGCUUUAGCCCCGCUUUAGCCCCGCUUUAACCCCGCUUUAGUCCCGCUUUAGUCCCUCUUUAGUCCCGCUUUAGUCCCGCUUUAGCCCUGCUUUAGUCCCGCUUUAGCCCUGCUUUAGUCCCGCUUUAGUCCCGCUUUAGUCCCGCUUUAGUCCCGCUUUAGUCCCGCUUUAGUCCCGCUUUAGUCCCGCUUUAGUCCCGCUUUAGUCCCGCUUUAGUCCCGCUUUAGUCCCGCUUUAGUCCUGCUUUGGUCCUGCUUUGGUCCUGCUUUGGUCCUGCUUUAGUCCCGCUUUAGUCCCGCUUUGGUCCUGCCUCUGGGACCAGCAGGAGGCCGGUCCCUCAGAUCCUCAGGUGAGAUGGUUCAUGCGGCUCUAACAUGUCGGAGACUAAUGGAAAAUAAUAGUAAGAAAAGGGUAAUAAAAUAAUGACAGUGGAGGCGUCUGGCUUCUGGACUAACUUAAACUGCCCAGUACCAAAAACGUGGCCUCGAGUCUGUUCCUAAUAAAGAGCAAAGGUGUCGGGUCACCUCCCUUGAGUCAAGGGCCUUUAGAGACUGUGAAUUAUGGAUUGCCAGGCAUAAAGCUAGAGAUGAUUGUAUCAAAGAAAACCUUUUAAUGCACGCAUGUAUGUAGAGUACUGUGUGUGCGCGUGUGUGCGUGCGCGUGCGUGUGUGGGUGUGUGUGUGUGUUAUGAGAGAGCAUAGCAUAGGGAGAAGCUAGCUGGGCUAGCUCUUCUAAACCCUAUUUCUUGUACUUGCAGAUUCAGUGUAAUCUUGUUCCUGUGUGUAAAUAUUGUAUUUUGUGUACAUAAUUAUAACAAUUUUAUAAUUUUAUAAAAGUAAAAAUAUGGUGAAGUCUAUAUUUGAACUUGAUGAAAUAUGUAAAAAAGUAAGUACAAAGGUGAUAUGUUUAUGUUUUAUGUUCCUAUUGUCAGUUUGUGUGAAAAUUAAAAACGUGGACUC